GGCGUCCCCGAGAUAUUGAUCUAUCAGGGAUCGAUAUCCGUGCGCCUAUAGGGCUGAGGGUGGCCUGAAACGCGGGAGGUCUUGGGGAAUGAAGGGGCUGUGCAAGGCGCGAUUCACUUUCUUGAUCUAUGUCUUCUUAUACCAUUCUUUCUUGGGGAUUCAAGUCGGUAGGCAAAAGGGUCUAAUCUCACGGCGUGUGGAGUCAAGCCAAUUGGCAAAAGCUUGGGCAAGCAACACAGAUUUCCUGUACUUUUCACCUCAAUUACGAUCCUCUACGAGUUCACAGCCUUUAAUGUCUUCACAUUUGAGUUCGGGAGAAUCUCACAGCAGGCAGGGCGAGGGGCUCGAUAGCCCCAACCCCUUUGCCUGAUCGCAACGUGCAGGGCAGCAGACAAACAGCGUUAUCUCAAGGUGCAAUGGCUUCAUUACUUGCUCCCUUUACAUAGAUCCCAAGAACAGUCAU